CAACAACUCAAUAAACCAAGACCCAACCAACCGACCUCACCCUUCAACUCAAACCAAGAACGAACGAACGAAAAGAGUCCGCCAGAAGAAAAAAAAAUGGACCUCAAAACCCAAGCCCUCAGAACCUACCGCGCCAUCCUCCGCGAACUCCCCCGACGGACGCCCCCCAGCCCCCUCCAAACCCGCCUGCGCACCCUCUACCAACAACAGCCCUCGCAGACACCACAAGCAAAGACAGAAGGAGGGGAGGGAGAGGGACAGCUGCAAAUGAAACUCCAACAGGCUGAGCAGUGGGCGAUGUAUGCGCGCGCGCAGCGCAAGUAUGCGGCGCUUGUGGAGCGGUACAAUCCUGGUGCGACGCUUACGGAGGAGGAGAAGAUUCGGUUGACGGCUCGCAGGGUGGGGUGGGAUUUGCCGGAUCUUUCGGAGGUGGAGGGGGAGAAGGGGGGGGCUUAG